AUGGUGACUCCGCCGGAGAAUUCUGGGUUGGGCUUUCUCGCUGAGGUCGACAGCAAUGAGUUCCACGCAAGCUGCAUCGCUCUCGCCAAUAAAAUCGAUUCCGCUAUUGGGAAUAAUGCAGUUCUACCGGAUGUUCAAGACCUGGCUAAAAUCCUCAAGCAUGUUUGCGCUUGCCAACGUAGAGGUAACAAUCAAACGAAGGCGAUGAUAAUGAUGCUGAUGAUCUCAGCCAAGAAUGCUUGUGAGCUUGGAUGGUUCCCGCAGAGAGAGACUCAAGAAUUGCUGGCUUUUGUUGAAAUGAUGUGGAAAAGUUUCAGCAGUCCUGAAAAUGCCAUCCCUGCUAGUCUAAGUAGUCCCUGCAGUCAAAUGCCGCUGGUCAUGAAGAGGUUCUAUCCGUUUACGAAGCUGGGGCAUGUUCUUAUUUCUUUUGAGGCUAAGCCAGAAUCAAACGUAUCGGCGAAGGUCAAGGACUUCCAUAUUUCGAAGAAUAUGCCCUUUUCUCGCAAAAGACAAGUAGGAUUGUUUGUUGUCCAGACAGAUGACAUAAGCAAAUCUAGUUGUCUUGUACAUCCCCAAAAAGUCAGCUUUUUGUUGAAUGGAAUGGACGUUCAGAAUAGAGUUAUCGCUGCAAUGGAUACUGGGCCACAGCGUCCGACGAAUGUUUCUCCCCUGGUCAACCCUGGUGUAAACCUUCUGCAAACAAUAGGCUGUUUUGAAGGUAGUUACUUCGUUGUUAUUGCCUUCGUGGAUGACAUACCACUGCCUGACCAACCACCGAUGCUGAAAAAUUAUGUUCAUUCUGAAGUCACUCAAUCAAAUUCAGACUGUGACGUAAUUGAGGGGCCGUCAAGGAUAUCUCUCAAUUGUCCUAUCAGCAAAACGCGUAUCAAACUUCCUGUGAAGGGUCAUGUCUGUAGACAUCUUCAGUCUUUUGAUUUCUGGAACUAUGUCGGCAUAAACAAGAGAAGACCAUCAUGGCGCUGCCCGCACUGCAAUCAGUCUGUCUGCUACACUGACAUCCGUGUAGAUCAAAACAUGUUAAAGAUUCUACAAGAGGUGGGAUGUAAUGUUCCUGACGUGGUUAUCUCUGCCGAUGGAUCAUGGAGGGUUGUAACGGAAAACGAUGAGAACGUGCCGGAAACCACUCAUAACCAUGGAGUCCAAAACUUGGGGCCAGCUGUUAUGGACCUGACCAGAGAUGAGAAUGAAAUGGAGACAUCCGGUGGCACCCGAGGCGCUGAACAUAAGCCUUGUGUACCUGAGUUUCAGGCUCCGUCAACUAACACACACAACCUUGCUACAGAUUAUCCUAUGCUGCUUAACCUGCCAUCUUCUUCAGUGAACGCACUGCCACAGCUGCCACAAACUUUGAAUGUUUUUGAUGGACAACAACAAGGAUUCAUGAACUUAAACACCUGGGGUUCAGCAGCAAGACAGUCCUUCCCCAUGGAAUACUUACCAACCUCAUCUCAACAAGAUAGAUUAGCUACUAAUCCGGCGAGCUUUCUUCGCACAUCAAUGCCUGCUGCUCAGUCUUCUCAGUUUCAAGCGUCACAUGUUCCGCCCCUUGGACAAUGCCUAGGAAGAACCCCUGAGUUGUUGGAAAGGUGGAGCCACAUCCAUGGAAUUGGCACGAAUCAAACUCAACCACCCAUGUCCCCUCCGUUGCAGCAUCUUUAUGGGAUGCAGAACCAGAACCAGAACCAGAUGCUUCCGAUCAGGAGCAUGUCCCCUGCACAGCAAAGACCGAUGGCAUCUUCCAUUACACAUCCCCAAACUUUCACUACCAACUAUGGAGGGACCUCUAACCAAAGACCCAUUCAAAGAUCCAUGCAAAGACCAAAUCCUGGUCGUGCAGCUGAACAGUUCUCAUCAACUCAACUUGGUCCUGGCCCGGCCCUGCGUGACUUCGUGAAUACGACAUCUGCUAACACUGGAAAUUGGCGGCCACUGACCCGGAUGCGAGGCAGCCUAACGCCCGGUACCAUCACAGGGUAUGAGCACAUGAUCAUUCGACCUACCAGGCCGGUUCAGGCACAAGCUCAGACACUUCCUCCGCCUCAGCCAGCAGCUUAUAGUAGUAACAAUUAUAUAGCUGAUGAAAUUCAAGCGUUUUUGGCGCAUCCAAGCUAUCCGGUUGGAAUGAAUGAAACGCAAGAUGGGCAGCUCGGUUCUACGCCCGUUGCCGAGGGUUUGGGGGCAUCGGGGUCGUUUUGGUCAAUGCCUCCUGAGGCAUGGUGA